AUGAAGUCCUGCUCGUCGGGCGGCGGCGGGGCGGCCAUGGCGGCGGCGGGCGCGGGACGCUCUGGGCGCUGCGGCGCAGAGCGGGCUUCCAGUCCCCGGCGGCCACUCGGCCCCUGCGGCCGCGCGCGCCGCUUAAAGGAGCCGCCCCCGCCCCGCCCCGCACCCAGGAUGCCCCACGGGCGGGCGGGGCCCCGGGGAGCGGCGGCCGCGCGCCCCGGCCCCUCCCGGCGUCUGAGGCUCCUAGUCUCCGCCCCGCACUCCUCCCGGCCGGCGCACACCCCCUUCCCGCCCCCGACCCGGUUGCCGGCCCAACGACGUCCCGAAAUCUGCUCGCCCGGCCCGGCAGGGGCCCCCUUCCUCGCUGGCCGCCAGACCCAGCGAGCUCACCUGGCCGCCCCCAGCGCGCCCACCCGCUUCCGCCCCCGCCGCCGCUACCGAGAGCUUUCCCUUGCAACCUGGGAGAUCGAGUGUUUUCGAUGUGACAUGUGAAAAAGACUGCGGACCAGCCGCGUCCACAAGGCCCCGGGCAGCGGCACCCUCCAGCUCCCCGCACCCCCACAAGCUCCCUGUGCUCCCACCCACAACGUCCUUCGCUGCCGCCUGCACCGUCCCGCCCAGCACGGGGCUUCCUGGCCUCUUCCCACCCACGUCGGACCACCCUCCCGGCCUCCUGCAGGGGCGCCCCCGCCCCCGCCCCCAUCAUCAUUCUGUCCUGCCCACGGGGCUGACCUGGAGACCCCCAGCUGGCUCCUCCCUUCGCAGCACAUCCCGCCCCUCGCCUCUAGCACUAGGUCACCUACUUCCUAGAGGGCGCAGCCGCUGUCUGCUGCCAGCCCACACGGUCAGGGUCC